AUGAGGACCAACCGUCUGAGACAACCAUGGAACCUUAAAAUUGUUGUAAACGAAGAAUACCACCUGUAUUAUUAUCAACGUAUGGAUCCACAUCAUGCGGAUCAAAUUACCAUUGCUGGAGAUGUUCUCGUCAAUGCAGUGGACAUUGCUUAUGCGGAGGAAGAAGAAGAAGAGGAGGAAGAAGAAGUGGAGGAAGAUCAUAAUAAUUAG